AUGAGAGAGUUACCUCGUCCCUAUCCCGAGCGCAAUGGGAAUAACAGCACACUGGAAAAUCCACUUAACACACUAAGUAAUAUACAAAUUGACAAAUUUUAUAUUCAGAAUAUAAGAUGGAACAUAAAAAAAAAAGUAGAUAUGUUAAUGCGUAAAAUAUUUCCCAUAACGUUAAAAGAAGAGGAAAAAAGAUUUAAAGUAAUCAUUGAAAAAAAAAAAAAUUAUGAUAAUUUCCGAUGUCCUAUAUGUAUGUUAAUAUUGUACAAACCAGUGAAAACAAAAUGUAGUCAUUUGUUUUGCAAGGAAUGUAUAGAACAAGUUUUAAAAAAAUUUGAUUAUUGCCCAAUGUGUAGGGAAAAUAUAAAAGAGUUCAAAUUAGAACAUGUACGAAAUAGUUUCUUGGGGAAUGAGUACACAAGUAUAAAAAUUAGAUGUUGGAGUUGUAGCCAGAUUACUGAUAUAAAGAAUUAUGAGACACAUUUGCAAAAUCAUUUGAAUAAAACAGAAGAUGCAGUUAUGUCUGUUCCUUACUGUUCCACUGUUCCUCCAAGUGGGAAUAGCAGUACCUUACUAAGCACAAGCACAACAAGUGGUACUCUCAUCGACAGUGCAUUAGGCAGUAUCUUGUGCUCAGGUAGAAAUAUUCAAGAAGAUCUGACAACAACCCUUCUCAUUCGUACAUUGAGUCCGUUUUUUAAUAAACGAAUAAACGUACUAAAUCGAUGGAAAUUUGUGAAAACUGUGAUGGAGAAUGAACUUAACAUGGACAUUCGCAGCCUGCAUCUACUAUACGGAAAAAUAGCAAAAGACGAAGCACAAAAUGGGAAGGAUGCCAGAAAUAUAAACGUGAAUGCAAGUGUGAGUGUGAAUGUAAACACAAAUACAAACUCAAGUAGAAGUAGAAGCAGGACUGUGGACCCACGUGAGUGCCACUUCGAAAUAAUGAGCAUGGAUGAUAUUACAUUCGACACUUUCAUACUUGUGCAAAUAAAAUGGGGAAAAAAAAAACAGACGUACGCAUCUGAGAGAAGAGACAACGACAAUAUAUGUGGCUCAAACUUAUGCGCCCAAUUUGGAGAUCUCAAAGAAGAUGAAGAAAAUAAGAACAAUUUCCACGAAAAGAGGGAGGGGUACUACAAUGGACAAUCAAGCAACAGUGGUAAAAUACACAUACUAGACAAUUUCGAAGGAUAUCAAAAGAGGAAAUUAAAAAAAAAUAAAACAAACAGAUAUUUUUAUGUCUUAUGUGAGUAUAAUGCAAAGGGUUUGUUUUUUACCUUAAUAAAAAAUAUCCCCAUUUUUAAAAACAUGAAUAUGGCAAAAAGUGUUAUUUAUAGGAGAAGAAAAAUGUAUGAACAUGCGCAGAAAGAGGAAGAAAGUAAGGAUCUUCACCCACCAUAUGAUGAGUUAAUUAACUUCUUAACAGAGUUAAACGAGAAAGUAAAAAGAAAAACGUAUCAUAAGUACUUUUAUAAUGCUAUCCAUUUAUUUUACGAAUUGUUAAAUUCAUAUUCGAAGCAUCAACUGUCUAACACAAAUUUGGAUGUAAAAAGGAUCCAUUUUAAAAAUAAUCAAUUGGAAGACGUGGAAUUUAUGCUUCUACUUUUUUACUUGAAAUAUGAAUACUCAUUACCAAAACAUGUUGAUUACAGUGCUAUGUAUUACUGCACAAAUUUUUUAGAGAAAAUAAUGAAUUCUGAAAAAAAAGUUGAUUAUACCAUAUUCGUGACUAAUAUAUAUACAUAUAAUCAGAAUAAUAUAAGCACCCUGGAUAAAAAACGAUGGAUAGAUGACCAGCAAAACAAAUCGAAUUUGAUUGUAAAUGCUGCCAACUAUUCAUUAAGAAAGGCAGACGUCGAUGUUCAUUUUGUGCUUCGCGUGAAGAGAGGAAAAAUAAAUAUUACUGAAAAAAAGCAACAACAAGAGUGUGUAAACGAGGGUGAUAUGGAUGGUAAGAGUUGCAAGAAUGGCAAGAAUGGUGAACAUGGCCAACAUGGUGCUAACCAACGGACGAGUCAAAUGAAUGCAGAGUCUUUCCCUUGCAAAGUUAAUUAUAACUACUAUGAUUCUGUAAAAGAUAUAUGCUAUAUUAUGUUAUCUUACACGCACAUGGGAUUUCAGUGGGAAGUUAACGAAUCCUUGGAUUUUUUAAAAACAAAAGAUAUCAUUCCUAACAAAACGAUGGAUGUAUUUUUUAGUAUUGAAAAAUUGAUACUCUGCUUUUUCACUCUUCGAAAUAAGAAGUAUAAUCCUUUAUUUUGGAAUUCCACUCAUCUUCUUCAGUACCUUUUGCAAUUUUGCAUGGAAUCAUAUAUGGGAAAAUAA